CUAAUCCUUGGGUCUGUGUCGGGAAAUUGCAUCCCCAAUUCAUUUGGCGUGCAUCGUCGGAGAGAAGAGGGAAGGCGGUGCUGCAAAGCAGAGCCUAUGGCUUCUUCCAAUUUGGUGGCGUUUCUUCUCUUCUUCCUCUCCACAUCAACUCAUCUCACAUUAGGGCAUAAUACAAUGAGGGAAAGAGGCGGGAGAGAAGAAGGAAGAGGAUGGCGUCGAGUUCUGAUGGCUUUCAAGGAAACACCUUCUGGCGGCAACGUUACUUUCGAAUGCACUCCUUCUGGACCCUGCAUCGCCUGUCUUUACUCCGAAAAGAAUGAUGCAAAAUAUCGCUGCAGUGAAACUGGCUAUCGUAUCCCUUUGAAAUGUGUGGAAACUGGAGCUGGUUCAAAUGAAGCAAACGGCAUAAAAGCUAAGAGGACUCGCUCAACACUUGAAAACUCUACUUCAACGAGGCAAGAAAGUUUACCUGACAGUUCCUUCACGCAUGUUGAUAAAUCACAAAGAAAUUUACUUGAUGAUUCAUCCACGCAUGUGGGUGGGUCUCAGGCUUAUAUUACGUACAGAAGCUGUAUACCAGCGAUUGUUGAAGAGAAGUUGUCAAUUCUUGGUUUUGAGGGAAUUAUUUUAGGUCUGUUGUUGAUAAGCAGUUCAGUUGUAUACUUCAGACGGAAACAGAGCAGUCCUGUUUCAAGCAUUGGAGCCAUGAGAAUUCCAUCCAACUCUAGAUUUUAACUCGUUUUGAUAUUUGUUUUCUGUGGUAUGGUCCUUGAUUUGUAGGAUUAAUGGAUGAAAUGAUCCUUUCUUUUUCCUUCCUACUUUUAGUUGUAUCAAGAGCCAUUUGGUUGGCCAAUCUUGUUAACAUGAAGUAAUCUUGGAUAUCAUUUUUUUUUUU